ACAAUGGAAGAGCGUGAGUAUUAGGAGUAGUCCUCAGGGUUGUAGUCAUGACUUGUCUUGCAUUAUUCUUGAUGUGUUCUCAAUGCAGAUUUGGGCGUCACUCCAAAGAUGAACCAUCUAUCCUGACUCCUCUAGCGCAAUGUUGCAGAAUCCGUCACUCCACCUGGCUGCGUCUGCGUCUGCUGUCUCUUCCAAAGUAUCGUCUCAGUGAUGUCAUGAGGGCCUCACUUUCCAAUGAUCCCCUCCACAAAGUGGCUCCAUUGCUAUCGGAAAACCACCUUACUGCUCUGGACCGGCGUUUGAAAACUGUGUUGGAGACUGUAGACCGUUGCCUUAAGAGAGCCACUGAGGAUGGCGGGCGUGAUGGGGUACUGUACCAUGACAUUGCCAACUUGAAAGACAUGAUCACACCUGCUGGGUAGGACGGAUUGUACCAAUCCCUGGAUUUUUAAGUAUAUGGUCGAUGUCACACUAGUACAUGCAAAAGCUUGUGAGCAGUUUAUCAAGUUCUUGAAUUGUUUGCCCAGCAAAAGUAAAUCAGGCUGUAUCUUAGGGGGAAAUUAGUAAAAAGGCUUUGACACUUAAAAAAUAUGUAAUUCUGUAAUCUUAACAAUGUAAUGUAAUGUAACUCAAAUGUUUUAUGAUGAGUAUAAAUACAGUAUGAAAGUAUGUAAUGAUGGAUCACAUUUUUGGUAAGAUUUUUAACCAAUGUGAGAAUUUUCAGCAAUUUCUCUGGAAGUAUGUGAAAUUGCUGGUCUCCCAAAUGUUCAACACAGUAAUGCAAAAAAUAGAAACAAAACUUAAGUUUUGAAGGUAAAGGGUUGUACCUAUGUGUGAAAUAAAGGGGAGCUGAUUUAGGACAACUUCCUAGAGAUGC